AUGACCCCCCACCGCUGUACAUCUCUCCCACGCGCUCCCUCCCUCCCUCUACACAUUUACAUCUCUGUUCAUACACAGAGACACACGCUGACCUGCGGCCAUGUGUCACAUGAGGAGGCAGCUACAACUUCUGGAGACCAGAGAGAGGGAGAGACAGAGACAGGGAGACAGGGACAGACAGGGACAGAGAAAGACAGAGCGAGAGAGACAGAGACAGAGAAAGAGAGACAGAGACAGAGAAAGAGAGACAGAGACAGAGAAAGACAGAGAGACAGAGAGAGGGAGAGACAGAGAGAGGGAGAGACAGAGAAAGACAGAGACAGAGAAAGAAACAGAAAGAGAGACAGAGAGAGAAGGAGAGACGGACAGAAAGACAGAGAAAGACAGAGAAAGAGAAAGACAGAGAAAGAGAGAAAGACAGACAGAGAGAAAGACAGACAGAGAGAGAGACAGAGAGAGAAAGAGAGAGAAAGAGAGAGACAAAGACAGAGAAAGACAGAGACAGAGAGACAGAGAGGAGAGACAGAGAGAGAGAGAGAGAAAGACAAAAACAGAGAAGGACAGAGAGAGAGAGAAAGACAGAGACAGAAAACCAGAGAGAAAGACAGAGACAGAAAGAGAGAGACAGAAAGAGAGACAGAGAGGGAGACAGAGAGAGAGAAAGACAGAGAAAAACACAGAGAGAGAAGGAGAGACAGAGAGAGAAAGACAGAAAGACAGAGGGAGACAGAGAGAGAGAGGGACAGGGAGAGAGAGGGACAGGGAGAGAGAGAGGGGGAGACAGAGGGAGGGAUAGGGCCAGACAGGAAGAGAAAGAGAGAGAGACAGGGACAGGGAGGGACACGCAGAGAGAGACAGAGGGACAGGGAGAGAGACAGAGGGAGGGACAGGGCCAGACAAAGAGAAAGAGAGAGAGACAGGGACAGUGAGGGACAGGGACAGGGAGAGAAAAGGAGGAAGACAGAGACAGACAGGGACAGAGAGAGAGAGCAAGCCAGGGAGACAGGGACAGACAAAGAGGAACAGGGAGAGGCAGAGAGAGGGAGAGAGACAGAGAGGGAAAAAGGGUAAGAGGGAGGAAGACAGAGAGACAGGGAGAGAGACAGGGAAAGAAAAUGAGGGAGAGACAGAGAGAGACAGGGAGGGGGAGAGAGAGAGAGAGAGACAGGGAGACAGCAACAGACAGAGGGAGAGAGAGACAGGGACAGGGAGAGAAGGAGAUGGAGAGAGAGAGAGAGACAGAGAGACAGGGAGAGAGAGACAGGAAGAGAGAGACAGGGAGAGAGAGACAGGGAGAGAGAGACAGGGAGAGAGAGACAGGAAGAGAGAGACAGGAAGAGAGAGGGGGAGGGACAGAGACAGGGAGAGAGAGGGAGAGACAAGGGCAGAGACAGGGAGGGACAGACAGGGACAGGGAGAGAAAGACAGAGGGAGAGACAGGGAGAGAGACAGACAGAGAGACAGGGACAGGGAGGGACAGGGACAGGGAGGGACAGACCAAAAGACAGACAAGAGACGGGGCGGGGGGGAGAGACAGACCAAAAGACAGACAAGAGACAGGGAGAGAAAGAGGGAGAGAGAGACAGGGAGACAGGGACAGGGAGAGACACAGGGGGAGAGACAGAGGGGGAGAGAAGGCAAGAGACAGAGAGACAGGGAGAGACAGAGACAGACAGGCAGAGACAGAGGGAGACAGAGACAGACAAAGAAGGAGAGACAGAGACAGGGAGACAGAGACAGAGAAAGAGGGAGAGAGAGGGAGACAAAAAGACAAGACAGAGAGACAGAGAGAAAGACAUAGAGACAGGGAGAGAGAGGGAGAGGCAGAGACAAAGAGGGAGAGAGAGAGACAGGGAGAGGGCAAGACAGAGACAGACAGACAGAGAAAGAGGGAGAGAGAGAAAAAAGACAUGAGACAGAGAGACAGGGAGAAAGACUUAGAGACAGGGAGAGACAGACAGAUAGACAGAGAGAAAGAGGGAGAGAAAGAGAGGGACAGGGAGAGACAGGGACAGGGACAGGGAGAAAGACAGGGAGAGACAAAGAGGGAGAGACAGAGACAGGGAGAAGGUGAGAGACAGACAGAGCGAGAGCCAGGGAGAGCCAGGGAGACAGACAGGGAAAGCCAGGGAGAUAGAGGGGGAGCAAGACAGGGAGAGACUCAGGAUGCCCCACUCCGAGCUCGCGUGGCUCUGCCCGGGGACCGCUCCCGGGCUACGGGACCCCGGCACGCCGACGGCCCCAAGAUUGGCGCUACCGAUUGGGACCCGCACCUAAGACACAGCACACGCCGCUUCUCCCUCCCUCCCGCCAGACAAGGAGCACCUUCUUCCCAUCAGGACAGAACCCGAGAGCAGCGGCCUUUCUGCUUACCACCUCUGAAGAGGCUCUCGCUGCUUCCUCCCAUCGAGCUCGCUUUCUCCUGGCAACUGGGCGGCUUCCAGCCGGGAUGGCAAUGGCAGUGCCCCUUGUUAUUGCACACCUGCGAUUCAGGGAGGCAGAGAAAACGCACGGCCGUUAGCUACGAGGGGUCGCCGCCAGCUUCGCACAUAGGCCGCACGCUUGGCACAGACGUUGCGGCGGGCGGCGCGAGGCAAAGCCUUUGCAUACACAGUUAUUUGCCCGAGGUUCACGCACGCAGGCACAGAGACCCGUUUGCGGGCGGGGCCGUCGGCAACCCGGUCCCGCGGCCGCUUCCCGUGACAGGAGAGCGGCCGCGAGUGACAGCGCUGCGAUGCUGAGACCGAGGCGCUUUCACCCUGUCAGUCACAGACGCGGGUGCUCUCCCCGAGGGAGCGUCGCCUUCCGCCCCGUCUGGAGCAUUUUGGCCCGGCCUCCAGAGAGGCUGCGCCGCUCUCUGCUUUGCAGGGACAGAGAGCUGAGCCUGCCAGCCUGCCACUUCGCCCACCCCUGGAAGAGAGAUUUGUCCUGUAGCUGCAACACACACAGACUCGGCAGGUACACCAGGACUUCCCCUGCCGAGCGCCCUCCUCGGCCCCUUCGCCAGCCGGACGCGUCGCGCCGCUUUUGCGAGGGAGGGCGAUUGCCACAGUCUGCAAACGAGAGCGCGGGGCAUGGUUACUUACGCCGUGAUUGUGGCAUUUUGUCUUUAUUUCGCACUUGUAGUUCAAGACGGUAGCAGGCACGCACUUCUGGUUCAGGCAAAUCUAGAGGCCAAACAGGCAAAUCCCAGUCAGCAGACAGCAGAGGGUAGUUACAAGCGCUAACUUGUUCCGGAGAGGCACAGGGCUGCCGGGAGCCCGCCCCAGAGCAACGGGCUUCGCUCCGGACCCUGUCCGACGACGAGUCCGCCCACACGCGGAGCCCGACGCAUUCGGCAGCGUGCGAUCGGACACGCGGCCGCCCUCGGGGCUCGCGCGCCGCUACCGCGGUGAGACCCUCUACAGCUCUUCAGCUGGCAGGGGAAACAGCGGCAUUGCUAUCGAGCACUUACCAUGUGGUCGUCGCAGACGGUGCCGUCGUUCACCAGCAUGGGGUCCCUCUCGGCGGGAGGCUGCAUGUAGUCCAGCGUCACGCACAGCACGUUCUGCACCCGUGCGUAAAUGACCGCUGCCUUCUCCUUAGUAAACGGCUUAUGACCUGGGUAUUCACAAACAAGCUUCCCGCAUCGCAGAUCCCUAGAAACGCAUCGAGAGGACGCUCCUGAGGCCGCCGGCCCUCACCGCAGCCCUUCCCACGCCUUGCCGCGUGGCUCGCCGACACCGAGCGAGCUCGCGGAGAGCAGCUCGCCGUACAAACACGCCCCAGCACGAGGACGUCCCGCUCACGCCUCCGUCCCCUAUAGGCCUCGCUCAUAUCUCUGAGUGCAGCCCUUGCCCAGGACGGCUCGGCACCCACGCCGCCCAUUCCCCUCCCGGCCGCCACUGGCCCCAGCACGUACGAGCUGAGAUUCGACAGUUCCCACCGCCCCCCCCACGAGGAGAGCGGGCUUCGGUCCUCCGCGACCGCGCGGCAGAGCUCUGAAAAGAGCUCCGCUACCGUUUCGCCCCGCAUCUUGGCACCCGAGCUUUCCCGCUCCGCAGGGGACCGCAGCGCCGCUCCUUCGUGACUUACUUCCACGCGCAACUCCGGUAGCCGCUCCGAUCGGAACCGCAGUGUCCCAUUCUGUCCCUUUGUCCGUUAAUUUCUUCAUAACAGGCCAGGGGCCCAUUUUUGGCACCUGCAAACACAUGCCGUCACUUACAGUCUGUCACUGGCACCUCAGCCGGGCACUCUGCCCUCUCCCAGGCCUUUGGGAGCGUGACACGCUUACGGGCUGCGCGACAUCCCCCCCAACAUCUCCAGCGCAGUCACUCUCUUGGCAGUGCCAGCUUUCUUCACCUCCUCUUUUCUGUCGCUCUCGCCCUCCACGCUCCUUUUCAGACAGCACUUCCCUCUGUCUUUACAGUUCCCUCCUUCGUCCUUCAGAGCCCUCAUCUGUCACCCACGGUUCCAGACAGUCUCCGUCCCUGUUCACGCCGCUCCUUUCCAUUCCCACAUAGCUGCACACAUCCCCCCCGACUUACUUGGUUCCCUGCUCCCAGCACCUAAUCUCUUACUCAACCUGGGAGCACGACUUCCCUCAUUUUAUUCAGGGCCGGGCCGGUUCCGCUCCGUUUCCCCACGGCUGAUUGCCCCCAUGCUCUUCCUUACUCAGCCGGUCCCCGGGCUACGACAGCACGCCGAUUCCCAGCCUUCGCAACGCCUGCUUCCCCGCUCUCCUCCGCGCCUCCUUUCCCUCUCACGCACGCGCGGGUCGGGCUUCCGUCACGACCAGGCUUUCCCGAGGCGAUACUCUCCCGACAGAGCUCUAGCGCGUGUGAAAAGCGCCCUCCCUGCUCCGGGCUCAUCCCCCCACGACCAUUUGUCGCCGUUACCUUUCCCGAAGAUCUUCUGACACUGCUUGUCGGCCAUCUGGCAAACUCCUCUGUAACAAAAGGCGCUCCUCCUGUUGCAGGGAUGCCCGUCCAUGACCCAGAGGUUCGGCGUGCACUGCCCAGAGGUGCCGUUGCAAUACUCCUUCAGCUCGCACUCAUCCUCAGGGCUGGUUCGACAUAAGGUACCCCUUCGCAGAAACUGGGGGAAAGAGGCAGAACAACACGGGCUACGCUUAGUACCCAAACAGACAGGCGAAAGAUUAAAAGUGUGACUAGGCAAAAAGCAAGUACUGGCUUUCCAGAUUAGCCCAGAUUUAGGAAAAAACACCAGUACCACUACAAAGUUUGCCACACACCACAUAGACCCCUACAAAAGAAUAGCGCUUGGAUCCGAUCCGCGACUUCUCUCGUCACGCUGCCUUUGACCGCCUACGCAGCGUCGGCAGCACCGCCAAACAGCACCGCGAGUCUUUUCCCGACGCUCUUUCAAAGACACCGACGCUCCUCAGCAAACUGGCUCGCCUUCACGCCUGCUGAGUAACGGUGCGUCCGCCACAGAGCUCCCAGCUGGCUGCAGUCCAAACUCUCGGGAAAGACAUUUCACACGUACCGCAACACUUGACAUUCUCAGGCAUUACAUAGGCCACCCAAAACCAGGUCUGCCACCUCUUCACAAACGCUACCGCUGGCUGCCUUUCUAUCCAUACCGCUUAGAGCAGACACCUCCCAGCAAGCAGAGCGGAUCUCCCCGAGCAGGACGAAUCUCAGCUCCGCUCGCUUCUGACACCAUUGCUCAGCCUUGCUCUCCCCACACAGUGCAUUCGCAAGACCAAAGGUGCAUCACUCGGGAGCCAGGCCUCCAGCUCCGGGCCCCCAGGAUCUUAACACGUCGGAGGACAGUCGGCAUUCUAGAUAGUCCGACGUGACGCAAUGCUCUCGGUCCGCUUUCUGCACGUUCGUUCCAGCCCUCCCACCCCAAAGGCCCGCGAGGCCCCCUCCUGCGACACUCCCGUCGCACGGCCCUCCGCUGCGGCUCGAUCCUGUCCGGGCAGCUUUGGAUGCUUGCGGGGGGCCAGGCGCAGACAUUUCCGUGAGACUGCAGACCGUCACCAAAAGGAGUCCAACGGCUCGGUACGGCCCGUGCCGCCCAGGUCGGAGGGCAAAACAGGGAAAAUGCUACAAGCCCGGUAUGUGGAGUUAUGGUAGGGGUCUCCUUGCUCUCCGGUCUGACUGACAGUACUUGGAGAGAGGGCACAGUCGCUGCUCCCUACAAACACCAUCCCGAGACACAGGGACCUUGUGGGCAACAGUGCUUCGGGCAACUCCGUUUACCACACUCUCUCAGACUCUUCUCGUCAGAGUUAUAAGCGGUACUUUGGGGUGGAAAGACAGCCCCAUUUUCACCUACCAAGUCGCAUUACGCACGUUCUUCCAAAGAGGCUCGCAAGCCAGCGAUGCCCACCUGGGGCCCGUUCCCAGGGACCGCGGGGCGAGCGUUCCCGACAUGCAGCUUACCUGGCAUCUCCAGCAGCACGGUCCGGAGAGGCAUUCAACCCCUUUCCUGGUUUUGCAUCCAACUGUACAGCACUGAUCCUGCUGACACUCCUGAAAGUUAACAGCAGAGAUUAGCUAACAGGUCUAGCUUCAGGUUAGCUACCGCUCCCUUCACAGAUGAGGAGAUAACAACAGAGGCAGCUUUGCCACUCUUCCCGGGGGCGACCGUAAUCACGAGCGUCCUCCCGAGCGGAGCCGUGCCCGAGACGCGCCGGCUGCCGCCAACCGACCGCCCACGUGAGGGGGCUACGAAGCAGCUCCCCUGGCAAGACGCCCUGCCCAGCCCUCACGACUGCGCGGCACCGGAGGAAGACAUUCUCAGUGCUACAAGGCCACAGGGGAACCGCUUCGCCGGCUGCCGCGGCUCGCGGAGACAAGCAGCGCUUGCGGACGCGCAGGCCGGGCUGCAUCCGGGCUGCCACGACAAACGGGAAGGCAGCUACCGACGGAGCGCUCGUCCACCUCCAUACCCAGCAAACUCCUCUGAACCCCGCUGGUGGCACCCAGGGGACUGCUCCUACCUUCUGCUUUCUCCAUGGACUCCACAUUAGCUGACAACCUGUCAGCAAACCAUGCAUUUUGCAUAAGCGUGCCCCUGCCUCUCCAGUAAGGGGCAGUUGUGCCGCUCCACCUCACGCCACAACCGCUCGCCCUUUUUGCAUAGGUACCCCGUUGCCGAAUGAGAUCAGCAGCGUCAUGAAGUGGACUGCUUCCGUGACAGUGUCUCGAGAAGCCCUUCAGGUCGCUUCCCCGAGGUGGGAGGGAGGGGAGGCAACUGCUCAUUACUGCUAAAACUGGUUACGAGGCAAUUCCUUUGCAAGGCAGAUGGACGCCCUCUUCAACGGCCGCUUCGCGCGCCCCUGCGACCGCGGCCGAGCGUCUGCGGAGCGCUCGCGCUCAAGUACGGUGCCGCGAGGCCCCUGGCUGGCCCCUCUGCCCCGUACAGAUGUCUUGCUCAACAACUAACCUUCGCUGAACCGCAGUCACAAGCCUCUCCUGGCUCCACCACUUUGUUGCCGCACACGGGAGCUUUAUAAGCUAUGUCCAUAGUGGGCUUAUUCCACAGACACUGCCCUUCUCCAGUGGUGAGGAAAUGCUGAAAGUCUCUAACGCUGCAGCUGCUGAAGGCUUUUGUACCAGUCGAGCGUCUGAAAGUCACAGAAAAACACUCCUGUAAAAAUGACCUGCAUUUUGGGGACUACGUGUCCCCUCGUGCCCCCAGAAACGGCGAGGCUUUCCGCUGGUGUCGCCAGCGGAGGCUGGCCGCUCUCCGGACCUGCCGGUCUCUGCACGCUCCUGGACUUUCCACCUGCUCUGCCACUCGCGGGCAGCAUUUCUGUGACGGUUACUCUACGCACGCACGACACGCGGCGGGAGCGCACACCUUCCGGCCCUACGUCACUCCCGGGGCUUCACACCUCGCUAAACCGCACGGGCAACGAGAGUCAGGGAGAAAGUCUUACGCCGCAUUGCUCUGCAUUAAGCAGGUGGCUCCCGCGCAGCGACAGCUCCUGGAAUCGUCGUAGCCUAUUCCCAGGCUCAGCCCCAGCAGCUGCGCGAGGAUCACCGCAAACGUCUCCAGCGUCAUAGCUCUUCGGUACUGCAACGGCAACAGGGACAGACCUAGGACUUCUGUCACCUCCAGACACAGGGCUCUCAGGGGUUUAUCUGGCAAUAAACAGGCCAGGCGGACAGAGCGCACGUG